CAGCCUCCCAGAUCGGAGUCAGGGCAAAAAACUAACGCACAAGUUUCCUUUAACAGCGCUGCAAGGUCAGAGACGCAAGGCUUAAAGACGCACACUUCUUUAUCAUCUGGACUCAAAUCUAGCCUGAAGAGACGCUUACUUUUGAAGAAGUGGCUUAAAGUAUUCAUUUUUUUUGUUCUUUUUUUAAAAACCAAAAUGAACAUUCAGAGGGCAACAUUGUUUUUAUGUUGGAUGGUUCUGUGCAUGGACAUCUGUCUAUGCCAGAAAGAAUGUACAGGGGUGGACUGUCAACCUCUGCAGGACUGCAUCGGAACCUUUUUCAAGAAGGGGGCCUGCUGUCCCACCUGUAAACAAAUGGGCUGCACCUGUGAGGGUUACCAGUACUAUGACUGCGUCCAAGCUGGCUUCCAUAAAGGGAAAGUCCCAGAGGGGGAAUCUUACUUUGUGGAUUUCGGAAGCACUGAAUGCUCCUGUCCUGUGGGAGGAGGGAAGAUAAGCUGUCAUUUCAUUCCAUGCCCUGAAAUUCCCCCAAACUGCAUUGAUGUUUCACAACCUGCAGACGGAUGUCCGCAAUGUCGGCAAAUCGGCUGUACCCAUGGCAACAAGAAGUAUGAGGCGGGGCACUCAUUUAAGAUGGAGCGGUGUCAGGUUUGCCACUGUCCGAAUGAUGGUGGGAGGUUAAUGUGUUCGCUGAUUCCCGAUUGUGACCCUCAUAGUCCUAAUAAGCCCGUGUGGGUAACGACCACUGAGAACAACAGCCCUUUGAGAGACAGCAGCAGACAUGACAACCGACAAACGAGUCCUGUAGAACCAUUUUCCAAGCUGGCACUGGGAAACACUUUACCACUGUACAAGCAGGACCCACCCAGUUUUGGCACAGGGGUUUAUGACUCCGUACUGGCUGCAGGGUCGACGUCUUCCACCAUCCAAGAUCUGGCCCAACCACUGGAAUCUACUACAGCACCGCCAGCUUUCCCAGAGUCAAGCUUCACUUCCUUCAGCUCUCGUGAUGACAGGAGACAUGAGCUGAGGGAGACGCAUAAAGGCUCUGAUUCACAGAGGAGCAGUGAGGCUGAGGUCACACAAAACAUGGAUCCAACCACUACAGGGGCUCAGAGCAACACAGCAACUUCGCUAACAACAACCACACAGAGAGUGACCACAGACCACCGCAGGCCGCAAGAGGAAGUUGGUGAAAAGACCGUUAGAAAUAACAGUGGCAGAAACAGAGGGGAGGACACUUUAAGAGACACAGCAAACACCACACGUGCAAACAAAGGGGCCAGACAUCACAAACAUCAAGGCGUUCGCACGGGGAGUAAUGGCAGCUUCCAUUCUGCCGCUCAUAAGGAAGAAGAGAAUAUGUCAGUGUCAGUGGAGCAUGGGCAGCCGCCCGGUAAAAAGGAGCAGAUCUCAUCCCCCACAAUACAGUUCAGUCCCACCAGCAGAGCGCCAGUCAGGAUGAGGGAGGACGGAAAGCAGCCUGAAAGACAACCCCAAACCCUCUACAACUACCAGUCUCAGGAUGUGGAGGGAGACACGGAAGUGUCUGCCAAGGAGCUAGUGAAGACCUGCUGCGAAACAGGGGAGAAAUGGGCUUCAGCUAAUGGUCACUGCAACAACAUGGAGCCACCCACAAAAGAUAGGCACUUCAUCUGCUGGACUUCCCAACAUCAGUGUUGCCGAGGUUCCCUCAGAGAAAGUUGGUGUUUGGCUGGAAUUCAUGCAGCCAGAGCAGGAAAUAUGUGUCAAGAGGAUGCCAACAAUAAAUGUGGAAUCGAUUCCUAUAAGGAGUGCUGUGACUGCUGCUCUCUGGGGCUGCAGUUCCGCCGUGAGGGGCAUCGCUGUGAAGCCCACCAGUACCUGGGCUUCCACUGCAGACACGUCUUUCUAACCUGCUGCGAGGGGGAGGAGGGCACGGCUGGGAAUCAAGGCGGCCGGCACUCUGUCAGAGAGAGUCCCGCUCUCGACUCCACUCCACAACCAAAAAAAGUAUCUGACAGCCGGUACCCUAAAGAGGCUUUCUCCAUCGGGGAGGAGCGGGAUGGGGAGAAUGCAGUGGAGGGUCCUGUUGAGGUGGAGGACAUGGAUGAGUGCCUGAUAUAUGAGGGUAACAUCUGCCACCACAGAUGUGUCAACACGCGAGGCUCUUACCGCUGCGAGUGCUUCCCUGGAUACGUGCUGCAAGAGGACACUAUCACUUGUGCACAAGAGACGGUGGGCGAGGAGAAUAGACUGAAGGAGGAUAACAGAAUGGCAGUGGAGCCCACUUCACCGCUUCCGCCCCCCACCCAGCCCCCUGUCCCACUCGACCCCUGUGAAGGGAACGGCCCAUGUCAGCAACACUGCACCUCAGUGGGCGGAACGCCACAAUGCUCCUGUCUCCCAGGAUUCUCCCUCAUGGCUGAUGGACGCUCCUGUGAGGACAUAAAUGAGUGUUUGUCCGCGAGUGCCUGCCAGUUGGAUGAGCGCUGCAGGAAUACUGCAGGGAGUUAUGUCUGUCAGAGACCGAUCACCUGUCCCCCGGGAUACCAGAUCAACAACGACAUUUGUGAAGAUAUCAAUGAGUGUGUGCAACUGAGCCAUAACUGUGGGCUCGGCUUUGAGUGUGUGAAUACCGAGGGCUCGUUCAGGUGCAACGCCAAACCUCGAUGUCCUGUGGGCUUUAACCAGGACGCACAGGGCAACUGUAUAGACAUUGAUGAGUGUGGCGCUUCGGCCCAGCCAUGUAGCCUGGGAUUUAACUGCAUCAACACAGCGGGAUCCUACAUGUGCCAGAGGAAGAUCAUAUGUAGCCGUGGCUAUCAUGGCAGUCCUGAUGGAUCCAGAUGUAUUGAUGUGGACGAGUGUCAGAGCAGUCUGCAUCGAUGUGGAGAGGGCCAGCUGUGCCACAAUCUGCCUGGUUCCUAUCGUUGUGAAUGCCAAACAGGCUAUCAGUAUGACUCAUUCAGGAGGCUGUGUGUAGAUGUAAAUGAGUGCUGGCGCUACCCAGGCCGCCUGUGUGCCCAGACCUGCGAGAACACCCCAGGCUCCUAUGAAUGCUCGUGUACCUCUGGCUUCCGCUUAUCCGGCGAUGGCAAGACCUGUGAAGAUGUGAAUGAGUGUUUGGCCAGCCCAUGCAGUCAGGAGUGUGCCAACAUCUAUGGUUCCUACCAGUGUUACUGCAGACAGGGCUACUUCCUCAGGGAGGAUGGGAACACCUGUGAAGACAUCGACGAGUGCGCCCAGAGCAUCGGCCACCUGUGUACCUACAAGUGUGUGAAUGUUCCUGGCAGUUACCAGUGUGCCUGUCCUGAAUAUGGAUACACCAUGUCUUCGAAUGGACGCUCUUGCAGAGAUAUCGAUGAGUGUGCCACAGGGGCCCAUAACUGCUCUCUAGCUGAGACCUGCUACAACAUCCAAGGAGCGUACCGCUGCCUUUCUCUCGACUGUCCACCAAACUACCGCAAAGUGUCCGACACGCGCUGUGAGAGGAUCAGCUGUCCUAACUACCUGGAGUGUCAAAACUCUCCUCUGAGAAUCACCUACUAUUACCUCAGCUUCCAGUCCAACAUUGUCAUCCCUGCUCAGAUCUUCCGCAUCGGACCCUCCCCCGCCUACUCGGGAGACAACGUUAUCGUCAGCAUCACGCAGGGAAAUGAGGAAAACUACUUCAGCACCCGGAAGCUGAAUGCUUACACGGGCGCCGUGUACUUAAAUCGACAGGCUGAGGCUCAGAGGGAUUUCGCAAUUAACGUGGAGAUGAAGCUUUGGAGACAGGGGACGUUCACCACGUUCCAGGCCAAGAUGUUCGUUUUCAUCACAGCCAACUCACUCUAACAGUUAGAGAUGUGCUGUGUCCACUAUGAACCUUUUCACUAUUUAACAAUGUCAUAAAGUAUACCACUGUCUGUCAUGAUUGGUUUGAGUAGUUCAUCCCGCGUGCAGUUGAAGUUAAUAUUAAAACAUUGCUGUUAGCGUGGUGAAGAAAGAAACAAGUUUGCUUUGCGUCUGUUUUCACUGCAACUGCAUAAAAACCCUGUAAUGUCAAACUAUCUCGGUUUUGUUUCUCUCACUAGAAUUGCUCGUGUACAUGUCCUUAUGUUCCACGACUUUAAAGACCUUUGUUAAACACAUUCCAACUUUUCAAAAACUCAUUAAAAUCUGAAUCCAAAAUAACAUCGGAGACACAAAGAUAUUUAUUAUACCACCCAAAUUAAACGAGUUCCUUUUUGUUUUGAUUAUUAUUCCAGAUGUGAGUGAAGCAUAGAUGUGAUAGCCAUCUCUUUUCUUCAUACUGACAGACUUGUAUGCCAGUGUUCUGCUCACAUCAUCCUGUUAUCAGAUGAUGAUGUGUAGUUUGAUAAACCUGUGUUGAAAGCAGAAGAAAUUGUUUUGUAAGAGUUUUCAUCAUAGUGCCUAAAUAACUCUUUUAUUUUUACCCUGCGCUGCUGUUUUUGUUUUGUCUUCAAAGUAUUUCAUAUUAUAUAGUUUUAUGUUACUCUAAAAGGUGUAUUUUUGUAUCCCUGUCACAUUAAGGAUGGUUGUAUCAUAUUUUUUAAUGCUAGAUUUAAAGUUGCAAAGUAUUGUAGUAAAACAUUAAAAAGAAAUACUAAUGUGG